AUAAAAGCCAGUAAUUUCAUAUAAUUUUUACAGAGGACCAGACUAAAGGCUUUCUGCUUUACUUUUCUAACGACCCAAAUUAAUUUUUAGAAAACAUGGCCUUCUUGAAGUUUUUAAUUCUUUUUGUUACAACGAUGGUUUUGGUACCUACUAAUGGGAUUGUUGAGGAACGAACGUCUUCAAUCUCCAAAUUAUUACGCCGAAAAAAUGACUUGGAAGAAAGAAUGCAAAUACAAGAACGUAUCAACCAAGAACAGGAACUGCUUAUCAAAGCAUUAGUUCUCGAGAAGACGAAAGAAGACAACAUUUCUAUGAAGUGUGAGCAAACGGGAACAAGUAAAAUUCAGCAAAGAGCUACAUCAGGUGGAGUGGCUUUCCAAGCAUAUAUGUCAAAACCCGAAUACAAUACCUGGCGUCACCAGACAGUUAUUUUCGACAAGAUUAUCACAAACAUUGGCGGACAUUAUAACCACUACACAGGAAUCUUCACAGCACCAGGUCACGGGGUAUACGUGUUCUUGUGCACUCUGCAUUGUAAUUCCAAUAGUUACAAUGCAUAUUUAUACUCACAUUUGAUGGUUAAUUCAAGUAGAAAAGGUGGCGGUCUAUGCACAUCAGAUGGCGAUAUUGAACACAGUUCAGGUGUCGUCGUGGUUGAGGUCAAUCAAGGAGAUAAAGUGUACAUCCGUACAGAGAAUAUGAUAACAGACAAUAUCAUGUUUAUUUCGAGUGUUGUUUGUGAAUUACUACAUAAAGAUGGCUUAUCCGAAAGCGUCCUACAGUACCGACCUAACACAACCAUCAGAGACAAGGCCAACAAAACAACUAGUGUAGUAUUCCUGACAGAUGCCCUAUCUGUAUUGCAAGCCAUUAACAACGGUAAACUCCCAGAACUUGAACAAGAUGUACACAACAUCGAAAGCCUUCAAACAGCAUUACAAUGGAUACCAUCUCACUGCAGAAUCAAGGGAAACGAUAAUGCUGAUCUGCUAGCAAAGGAGGGAGCCAAAAAAAAGCAAUAUGAAAACCAAGUAGGCUUCUCAGAGAUGAAAACCAUCAUCACAUCUCUACACACAACCCCUCAACAACAAGACAGCUAUCACCAACUUGCUAGACCUGAGCAGACGACCAUCUUCAGACUUAGGACAGGACACAAUAGACUCAACCAACAUCUGCAUAGAGUCAUGAAAGUCAUACCAUCACCGAUGUGUCCAUGUGGAGAAGCUGAUCAGAAUACAGAACACCUCCUACAACACUGCAGAAUACACCAGGCACUGAGAAACAACACAUGGCCAACACCAACAACGCUACAAGAGAAGCUUUAUGGACUAGUGGAAGCCCUACAAAAGACCACCAGAUUUGUAGAGGAGACUGGGACUCAAGUGUGA